AUGGAAUUGUUGAGUUCAAAAGUUCAAGAACUGAUUGAUUUGGCACUGCCCUUAAUUCAGGCUCCUACAACUCUUUUGUCAACGAUUUUCACUAUAUUGGCUUUGUUAGCUGGAAGUUUGGUGUAUUUCUAUAGGCCUUAUUGGGGUGUUAGAAAGGUGCCAGGUCCUCCAGCUCUUCCCCUCCUAGGCCAUCUUCCUUUGCUUGCUAAAUAUGGUCCAGAUGUUUUUGCUGUCCUGGCUAAACAAUAUGGCCCUAUUUUCAGGUUUCAUAUGGGCAGGCAGCCAUUAGUAAUUGUUGCAGAUGCUGAACUUUGCAGAGAAGUUGGAAUAAAGAAAUUCAAAGACAUUCCUAACAGAAGCAUCCCAUCUCCUAUAGCGUCAUCCCCUCUGCAUCAAAAGGGCCUCUUCUUUACCAAGGAUGAAAAAUGGUCAACUAUGCGAAAUACAAUAUUAUCGGUAUAUCAGCCAUCUCACCUUGCCAAACUGAUACCAACCAUGCAAUCAUUUAUAGAAUCGGCAACUGCAAAUCUUGAUUCCCAAGGGGACAUGAAGUUUUCUGACCUCUCCCUUAAGUUAGCUACUGAUGUUAUUGGACAAGCUGCUUUUGGGGUGGACUUUGGCCUUUCCAAAGUUCAGCCAGGCAAUGAAGUUGCGGAUAACAUGAACCACCAGCAAAAUGAUAAGGAAGUCCAGGAUUUCAUCAAUCAACACAUAUAUUCUACCACACAGCUCAAGAUGGAUUUAUCAGGUUCCUUUUCAAUUAUACUCGGAUUGCUGGUUCCAAUACUGCAAGAGCCCUUUCGCCAGAUUCUUAAGAGGAUACCUGGCAUGAUGGAUAGAAAAGUGGAACAAACCAACCAGAAUUUAGCUAAGCGGCUUGAUGAGAUUGUCGCGAAGAGAAUGAAGGAACAGGACAGUGGCUCAAAGGACUUCCUGUCGCUUAUUCUGAAAGCCAGGGAGUCAGAAAUGGCAUCAAGGAAUGUCUUUACACCAGACCGCAUCAGUGCAGUAACUUAUGAGCACUUACUUGCUGGUUCAGCAACAACGUCGUUCACCUUGUCAAGUAUUAUAUACCUGGUUGCUGGGUAUCCUGAAGUCGAGCAGAAAUUGCUCCGAGAAAUUGAUGAAUUCGGUCCCCAUGAUCAGAUACCUACUGCCACUGAUCUUCAAAACAAAUUCCCUUAUCUUGAUCAGGUUGUCAAGGAAGCAAUGAGAUUCUACACAGUGUCCCCAUUGAUUGCAAGAGAAACAUCAAGACAAGUAGAGAUUGGAGGUUACACCCUCCCAAAGGGUACAUGGGUGUGGUUGGCAGUUGGAGUUCUUGCUAAAGACCCAAAAAAUUUUCCUGAACCUAACAAGUUCAAACCUGAGAGAUUCGAUCCGAACUGUGAAGAACAGAAGCAAAGGCAUCCUUAUGCAUUUAUCCCCUUUGGAAUUGGUCCUCGAGCUUGCAUUGGACAGAAAUUCUCCAUACAGGAACUUAAGCUCUCGCUAAUUCAGUUGUAUAGAAGAUACAUCUUUCGCCAUUCUCCAGAGAUGGAAAAACCUUUGGAACUGGAAUUUGGCAUUGUUCUUAACUAUAAGCAUGGUGUAAAGGUGAGAGCCAUCAAACGUGCUUGA